AUGCUCGAGUUAUUGACCGCAGAUAUAGUGCCCCCGGACAUGGACGGACAAGCACUUGCGCAUGGUGUGGCCCCCGACCGGCUCCUUCGCGGCUUCAGCUCUGGGCAAGAGGCUGGCGUGGUGCCGCCCUCAUGCGGCUUGCCGCGCGCCAGGGAAAGCAUUGUGUCUUUGUCUAUAUGUGCACUGCUGAAGAUCUUGCAGCGCCACUGCUGUUGGGCAGUGCAUGCCUGGCGGCGGUCCAUCACAUGUGCCCCCGUUGGCCUGGUACCACCCUCGAGGCUGCUGCCAACGGCCGCGCGAGGUCGCGGACGGGACGACCACCCCUCCUGCCCUCGUGUCCGCACUGCCGACCCAUAG